CAGGAACGGCAAGCACGUGCUGGUUGCCUACAUCAUGAAGCCCAAGGCGGGCUAUGACUACUUGGCCACCGCUGCCCACUUUGCCGCGGAGUCCUCCACUGGUACCAACGUGAACGUGUGCACCACUGAUGACUUCACCAAGUCUGUGGAUGCCCUGGUGUACUACAUCGACCCUGACAACGAGGAGAUGAAGAUCGCCUACCCAACUCUCCUGUUUGACCGAAACAUCACUGAUGGCCGUGGCAUGAUGUGCUCUUUCUUGACUUUGGCCAUCGGAAACAACCAGGGUAUGGGUGACGUGGAGUACGGCAAGAUCUACGACUUCUACCUGCCACCCGCAUUCCUCAGGCUGUAUGAUGGCCCCUCCGUGAAUGUGGAAGACAUGUGGCGCAUCUUGGGCCGUGGCACCACCAACGGUGGUUUGGUGGUUGGCACCAUCAUCAAGCCAAAGCUGGGUCUGCAGCCCAAGCCUUUCGGUGAGGCGUGCUACUCCUUCUGGCAGGGAGGUGACUUCAUCAAGAACGACGAGCCCCAAGGCAACCAGGUGUUCUGCCAGAUGAACGAGUGCAUUCCUGAGGUGGUGAAGGCCAUGAGGGCUUGCGUCAAGGAGACAGGCAGCUCCAAGCUCUUCUCCGCCAACAUCACUGCAGAUGAUCCUGAGGAGAUGAUUGCCCGCGGCAAGUACAUCAUGUCUCAGUUCGGUCCUUUGUCCGAGAACUGCGCAUUCUUGGUGGAUGGCUAUGUUGCAGGUGGAACUGCAGUGACCUGCUGCAGGCGCAACUUCCCCAAGCAGUUCUUGCACUACCACCGAGCCGGCCACGGUUCAGUGACCAGCCCCCAGACCCAGCGUGGUUACACUGCCUUUGUGCACACCAAGAUCUCCCGAGUCAUCGGUGCUUCUGGCAUCCACGUGGGCACCAUGAGCUUCGGCAAGAUGGAGGGUGAUGCCUCCGACAAGAACAUUGCUUACAUGCUGCAGGAUGACGAGGCCGAUGGUCCUUACUACCGACAGGAGUGGCAGGGCAUGAAGGAGACCACCCCCAUCAUCUCUGGUGGCAUGAACGCCCUGCGCUUGCCAGCCUUCUUCGAGAACCUGGGACACUCCAACGUGAUCCUGACUGCCGGCGGUGGCUCCUUCGGUCACAAGGAUGGCCCCAAGAUUGGUGCCAUCUCUUGCCGUCAGGGUGAGGAGGCCUGGAAACAGUGGAAGGCCGGCCAGUUCGGCAACAUUAGCUUGAGCGAUGGUGUGAUUGAGUAUGCCAAGACCCACGAGGAGAUCAAGGGUGCUUUCUUGACCUUCCAGAAGGAUGCGGACCAGAUCUACCCUGGAUGGAAGGAGAAGCUUGGUUACACCGGCGAGUCCUCCGUGCAGGCUGCAUCCUUCGACUGGGCCAAGCGUGCUUCUGCUGCAGCCUUCGUGGGUGCCAGCGUUGCCCCUGCCAAGAAGGAGAACGUGGUUGCCCGCCAGGCUUUGGAUCAGUCCAGCCGAUAUGCUGACCUUUCCCUGGAUGAAGACACCUUGAUCAGGAACGGCAAGCACGUGCUGGUUGCCUACAUCAUGAAGCCCAAGGCUGGAUACGACUACUUGGCGACUGCUGCCCACUUCGCCGCGGAGUCCUCCACAGGAACCAACGUGAACGUGUGCACCACUGAUGACUUCACCAAGUCUGUGGAUGCCCUGGUGUACUACAUUGACCCUGACAACGAGGAGAUGAAGAUCGCCUACCCAACCCUCUUGUUUGACCGCAACAUCACCGAUGGCCGCGGCAUGAUGUGCUCUUUCUUGACUUUGGCCAUUGGCAACAACCAGGGUAUGGGUGAUGUGGAGUACGGCAAAAUCUACGACUUCUACCUGCCUCCCGCAUUCCUCAGGCUGUAUGAUGGUCCCUCCGUGAACGUGGAGGACAUGUGGCGCAUCCUGGGCCGUGGCACCACCAACGGUGGUUUGGUGGUUGGCACCAUCAUCAAGCCAAAGCUGGGUCUGCAGCCCAAGCCUUUCGGUGAGGCGUGCUACUCCUUCUGGCAGGGAGGUGACUUCAUCAAGAACGACGAGCCCCAAGGCAACCAGGUGUUCUGCCAGAUGAACGAGUGCAUUCCUGAGGUGGUGAAGGCCAUGAGGGCUUGCGUCAAGGAGACAGGCAGCUCCAAGCUCUUCUCCGCCAACAUCACUGCCGAUGAUCCUGAGGAGAUGAUUGCCCGCGGCAAGUACAUCAUGUCUCAGUUCGGUCCUUUGUCCGAGAACUGCGCAUUCUUGGUGGAUGGCUAUGUUGCAGGUGGAACUGCAGUGACCUGCUGCAGGCGCAACUUCCCCAAGCAGUUCUUGCACUACCACCGAGCCGGCCACGGUUCAGUGACCAGCCCCCAGACCCAGCGUGGUUACACUGCCUUUGUGCACACCAAGAUCUCCCGAGUUAUCGGUGCUUCUGGCAUCCACGUGGGCACCAUGAGCUUCGGCAAGAUGGAGGGUGAUGCCUCCGACAAGAACAUUGCUUACAUGCUGCAGGAUGAUGAGGCCGAUGGUCCUUACUACCGACAGGAGUGGCAGGGCAUGAAGGAGACCACUCCCAUCAUCUCUGGUGGCAUGAACGCCCUGCGCCUGCCAGCCUUCUUCGAGAACCUGGGACACUCCAAUGUGAUCCUGACUGCCGGCGGUGGCUCCUUCGGUCACAAGGACGGCCCCAAGAUUGGUGCCAUCUCUUGCCGUCAGGGUGAGGAGGCCUGGAAGCAGUGGAAGGCCGGCCAGUUCGGCAACAUUAGCUUGAGCGAUGGUGUGAUUGAGUAUGCCAAGACCCACGAGGAGAUCAAGGGUGCUUUCUUGACCUUCCAGAAGGAUGCGGACCAGAUCUACCCUGGAUGGAAGGAGAAGCUUGGUUACACCGGCGAGUCCUCCGUGCAGGCUGCAUCCUUCGACUGGGCCAAGCGUGCAUGAUCUGUAGCGCAGCAUGCCGUCAAAUUAGGUAUACAAAGGUGAAUGAAUAGAGCCCUACUUGCACUUUGCCAUGGAGGCUGAGGCUCAUUGCCUCAAUUUGAUUUUAUUGUUGGUGACUUUUGUCAAAGAUUGAGUUUGAAGUUGGAAUCGCUGAAGCAGAUUCCUAUGCCUUUGGCGUUGCGCAGACGCCUGAGGGCUCAAAGAAGCGCACGAGCAUUCAAAAUCGAAUCCUUUUACAUAGAAUUCUCCCAACAUCUCAACUUCUCAACGCUGCCAAAAUGCGUUCCGAAAA